UUGAUGGUGUGAAAAGGGAAUUUUUAAGAGUUGCGAAAGUUUGAGGACUCGUAGCACAGUACUCUAACCGCUAAGCUCUAUCGUUUUGCUUUGAAGAUGUUCCUGAAAUUAAUAACAUAUUGGAGGAUGACUUGUUGCUGUUAAUGUAAUAAUUCUGGUCUGUUUACAUCUCGAGCCUCUUAUUGUCAGCACCAUGAGCUUUGCACAUGCCCCUACCGGCUAUUGAUUGUGCCGUGUAAAGUCUGUAAAAUAACAGACGAACACACUUUAAAAAAAAAACAAAGAGUAUGAACACACUUUAGUGGCCACACACAGAGCUUUAAUGCUCGGGCCGAAAAAAAUAAUCCCCGACAACUUCUGUUUACGCUGCGCCCACGGAGCAUAUUCUAAUGACGUUAUAAAUGCGUAUAAAGAGUUAUUCUCCGAAUGCAACAUCUUGGAGGCUGAAGCGCUCGUUAAGCCGGUACACUUGUUCCAUGCCAAAAAUGCGAAAGAUAGCCGCUUUUUUUCCAGCGAUUGCACCUCCACGGACACCACAGACAUUCCUCGUAUCCUCUACAUGACUGUGAUCAUUGGAUGUGCUCCAGAACUGGCACAGGAUUUUUCUGGCAGAGUGAAUAGCCUCUGGGCAUGUUUAGCGCUCACCAACAGCUGAUAGCUAUCAUUUAUUUACUCAGUCUGUUGCAUUUAGCAUUUUUUACGUGGCAGCUUAUUAUUUUGGAAAUGUUUGCUGUAAAGGGCAGUCGUUUUUUUUGCCAAACUGUCAAAGUAAAUAUUUGUUUUAGGAAGUACAGUCAAAGUGAAUGGCACGGUUAAAUAUUUGCACUAUUUAUAUACCUGUUCAUUAUUUGUUUACUAAAGUUACGUGCCCCUAUGUUCAGCCAAGCACUGGGCAGUGUUAAUAUCUUUAAUCGGUCCUUAGCCAGCAGUGAAAAUUCCACAUUACUCCAUCAGUGACCAGUAAUUAAUUACUUGACUUGGCAAAAAAACACAAAACAACAUCGCCCGUUACGGACAGACUAUAUCACUACGAAACGUAGCGUCAUCGUCAGAGCCUUGAGCUAUAAAAGUGGCACGAAUAUCACAGGUAAUGAACUAUUAUCGUAGUAUUAUGAUUCCCUACCACAAUCACCGCUAAUUGUCACUAAGUGGUACAUUAUCACCAGGUGGUGAUCAUUUCACGGGGGGAUGACUGGCUGAGUGAACCAAAGGUAGGAUUUGAACGUUUUAACCCCUCCAUUGGGAGGCUUGCUGAGCUCUAUUCCACUCUUUUAUAGAUUCAGAUAAAGGUGCUGCCGUGCAAUUUCCUUCUCCGGUCAAUGCCGGUGGAAGGGCAUCCACUCGAGGGAGCUUAAGAGAUCCCCUAUAUUGAGGGUAAUUGACCUACUCUUCCAUUCUGGCAAGAUGUCUUUGGAAGAGGUGGGAGGACUUGCAAUUUACCCAAUGGCACGUGACCUGCAGUUGUGACCCUGUUGACACUGCUGGGUGGACGUAGGCGGAGGGGGGUCUAAGAAACUGGCACCCUUGUUUCAAUUACCGCGCCGGGAAAUCGAACCGGGGACCGAACCAGCGACGAUUUCAAGUCGAGUGCGCGAACCGUUACACUAUUGCAGCCACUCCUUCUUUGUGACGGAGUCUUAUUUGUUUUGAAAUGUCAAGGUGUCCCCAUUCCCAAGUGAGCAUUGGGUGGUCCUCUUCUCUUUCUGAAGGGGGGGGGGGUGGCUAGAGCUGCAUCGAAUGACACUCCCCCCAGGCCAGUAGCGUGAUCUCCGUAUUCAUAGUGCCGGAGCCAGUAUGCCUCACCGUGGGACGGCUUCACGCGCGUAAUUUAACUCUUUCAUUUCUAACCCUUAAUUCAGAAGUCCUGCCACCGCCGUCACUUUCCGCUCGGGUAAACAUUUUUUUUGUUCAAUAAAUAAUAUUAGCUUAACCCCCAGCUCCAUUUAUGCAUUCUUUAGCGAUUAGGCUGGAGCUUCUGGCCCCAAAAAAUAUAUGUGUUGAGACACAAGGAGUGAGAGAUAAUAUUUGGAAUACCAACAAGAAGAAGCGAGAAGCUGUUUUCUGUUGCCUUGGAUUGAAAGGCGGCGAGAAUCAACACUCUGGGGUUGGUGCCAGUGUCAACGGCCACGAAGGCAGACCCCAGCCGUUAAUGCUUCGUAGGUGGUGCCAUGCAACCCGUCUAAUCAUCGAUGCCAAACAAAUGUGCUGUAAAUGUAGCCGCCCUACCCCUGUUUAUUUUCUGUGCCGUUAAGAUUUGAGAAUUACGGCGAGCAGUUCCAGCUGGUGAUCAGCCCCCGUGGCACUGUAUAAAAUAAAUAAAUUACGCAAGGAGCCGGGGACGAGAGAGAGAGAGCGAGCGAGCAUUUUUUUUAUGGCGAGCAAGCGAAAGCAGGCCACGGGAGAAAAGGCAGCAUGUCAUGGAACUCGCACAUCUGGAAAAGCCUUCUGCCAGCGCUCACUCUGAAUUGCUGUCUCAAUUUUUUGUCUGAAUCUCCCUCGCGCGCGCUCUCGCUCGUUCCGAUCUCUCUCUCUCUAUGCGCAGCGCUGGCUCCCUCUCUCGCCUUCACUUGCCCUCGAGCCAAAAUCCUAACUCACUCCACUUUUACUCGGCCCCUCCCCGCCGCUUGCUCACCCUCCCUCUCCCAACACACCCUCCUCCUACCCCCCCCUCCUCUCUCCCUCCUCAGUUUCUCUUGUCAUUUUCCAAAGCCUGCAGCGAGUCUACAGUGUAGCGUGGGCAGGGGGGUUCCAAUCCACGGGAGUGUCUUUGACUCCGCCGAAGGAGCCCCUCGCCGGCUCUGUAGCAGGGAUUUUUAAUGCUGUCGGGUGACGCUUCCGCUCUCAGGCUACCGUCAGCUGAGAGGCGUUGGCCAAAAGACCAUUAUGGGUCGCUGGCCGUGCCUUUAACCGGCCGCUAAAGUCGGUCUGCAACUUGAAAUUCUUUCACCGCUGUCAUAAAUUGGCACCUCGACAGAAGCUGUUGCCUUGCAAGUAGCUUGGUGUCUAAUGGACUACGUCUGGACACAAGUUCACCCACCUUCGAAGAAAUACCAGAUGCAUCGCUGAUGGUUAACGGCACGUCCCUCUCAAAUGUACCUGCAGCCUGUGGCCACCUUCGCUAUAAUUACCUGCUAUGAUGGCCCCUUAGAGCACGGGCUCCACCUCGCAGGACUAUUUGGACAUGACUCCUAAUUAGCCUGCUGCAGCGGAGUGCACCCCCCCGGUGUAUCAUGACGGAUCCGGGUCAACAUGCGUGCAGUGUUUACAAGCAGGGCGACGCAGCGUCAUACCAACAAGAGAUGGGCCGCGGCCAUGCCGGACCCCCUCCGAGUUUCAGCGCCACUCUCGACGACGGCGCCUUUACCAGGGACCCGUCAGCCACCGCAUCGGCAACAUCGGCGGCGGCUGCUGCGGCUGCGGCAGGAUACACGCACCAGCGGGAAGCCAUCAUCCGACCGCAGCAGGCGCGGAAGUUCGGGCUCGUGCCGGGCGGUGGUAGCGGCGGCGGCGCAGGCUCAAGGCUCACGUCGGGAUGCCAGGAGAUGAAGGGAUGGGGAGUGAGCCGCUCGCCCGCGCGCUCGCCCAGCGGCAAGCACAGGGGGCGGGAGAAGUUCAAGCGCUUCGGCAAGGGGGGCCGGCCCAGCUCGUACGGAACCAAGGGGAGCCUCACCAUCGGCAUCGCUUACCCGCAGCAGAAGUCCGCGUCCCAGCCGCAGAGGAUUCGUGACGCGGGCGAAAGCGCUGCGCAGUCGCACGAGGACGGCGACGGGAAGGGCCUCCUCCUCUCCUCUUCGCCGGCGUUCGUAAAACGGGCCCAGCACUUUCAGCAGGAGAAUGACACUUGCUAUGGGACUUCAGCCGAUGCUGGGCUGCAGCAGCAGCAGUUGCAGUUACCAAUGGCACAAAUGCAGCAAACGCAUCAUUUUUAUCGCCCGUCUUCAGGCCAGAACUUUGGGGUGCAGUCUUGUGCACAGUCUCUGUUGAAUCACGCCGCGGACAAGCAUUUCGCGAUGAAACCUCGAACAAAUGAAGGCGACGUCCUGCAUACGCACGGCCAGGAGAAGUAUUUAAACAAUGUCCAAAAUCAAUGCGCGGCGAGCCUCCAGCAAGUCCUGGCGUCCGAUCCAUCGUUUCUCCUUGCCGACGACGCGAUCUGCAGCUACAAAUCGAACACUACUAUUCACGCGCAAAAACGUUUCAGCAGUGCGACACUCGUGAAGCCAAACCAUAACUACCAGCAACACAGCCUGGGAAACGGCCACCACUUGCAUUCACAGCAACAAGCACCCACGAACGCUUGCGACUCACAAAUCUCUUUAGCGACAAGUCCCGUGACUUGUACAGAUAGCAUGGCACUGGAAAGCAGCCCCACGGAGCAUGACCUGUGGCACAUGCAGAGGUCCCAGACCCCCGGUGUUCAUGUGGCAACGGUGUACGUAGGGCCCCCUCUGUGGAAGGGCAGCACAGGUGGAUCUGCUUCUCAUCCCCUGCCUCAAAGACAAUCGAUCAGUGAACUCAAGAACCCGCAGCUGACCAUGGCAAACGGAUCUCAGGCUAUUAAGACGACUACUGCUAGGGCAAAUGUGAAUGGUGCAUCGCAGGACUUCGCAUCGUACCAGGAAAUGUCGUUUUUAGCGAUGGAUCCGCAUGGAAAUGAGCCGCCCGAAAUUCUGCACCACCAACACAUGUCCAAGUAUGACGUUCUGCCUCCCUACACGAGGUCGAACGUGCACCAUGCCAACAGCUUAGCAGGUCUGCCACUCCGGACAGACUCGGCGAACCAAAUUUGCAAGCAGCAGGUGUCCGUCCCCCCUUCUUCCACUUCCAGAAAAGACAACAAGCAGUGGGCACACCCUACAAACUAUGGACUUUCAAAUCCGCAGAACAACCACAAGGUAUCGGACGUCUUUAAACAUUACUCUGCCGCCGUCGACAUCGCGUCCAUAACCAACCAACAGCUACCGUGGAUGCUGUGCGACGAGGCACACCCGCCGCCCUCGUCCAAGGUCAGCGUCUCUUACAGCCUCGCCGACCUGCCCGCCUACCCGGCCACGCUCGAGCUCUCCCCGGGCGUGCCCGCCAUGUCCUGGUUUCCAUCUCCCGCGCCGGGCGCAGACGACGGCUGCCUGCCGUCGCCCGCGGAGUUCAAUCUGAAGCAGCCGCCGUCCGGCUACGAGUGGCGCGUGCCGACGUUCGACUGCGGCGGCGGAAAUGGCAGCGGGGGGUCAUCCAACUUUCCCGACAGCUGCGCGAGCGGCGCGGACAUCGCGCGUGUGCUCGACCUGCAGCCCCCCUACGGCGGCGGGCAGGUGAGCGAGGCGGGCGACUCGUCGAGCGAGUGGCCCGGCGCGGAGCACCCGCUGCUGAAGGCGCAAGGCGGCUCGGCCGAAGAGUCGGAGGACUCGGCGCAGCAGAAGCUGCUGAGCUCGCUCAGCAGCGCCAACCUGGACCAGCUCAAUGUGCUGCUCAAGUGCAAGCAGUGCGACAAGCAGUUCAGCACCGUCGGCGCGUGCCUCCACCACAGGCAGUUCUGCUCGACGUCCGCCAACGCUGCAGCGGUGGCAGCGGUCACACACACGACGUCUCAUCCGCGGGGCGAUGAGGCGGAGCAAAGCAUGAUGGGAGCGCCGCACUGCCGGCCGCAUGAAAGUCUGCAAACUCUUCACAGGUCCAAUAAGUUUGGCACGAUCGCAAACAGGCUGCCAAUUCACGAAAGCGACAAAGAUGUCGGGGCCGGCAGGCUCAAUGGCCUGUCGCUGGAUGGCAGCAGUUUCUGCUCUCCAGCACCCAGCGAAAUUGAGAUUGAAGAAGCAAAGCUCGACAGCUUGAUCUUGGAGACCUUGAACUGCCUGAGCUACCAGCUUGAUGGCAGCGACAUUGACAACAGCUUUGUGGAGGCAUUCGUCGAUGAGAUUUUGCCGGGCAAGCAGCACAGGGAGAAGCAGAUUGUUGUGGAAGGUCUUUCAGAAAUGUCCCUGCCUCCACCAGUGGAAUGUGACAGUGCCAAUAUGCAAGUGCCAACCGUUCCCAAAGUCGGUGCAAGCCCUGCGAAAGGAAAAGAUAUGAAUAAGCUCAAAAUAGAAACCCUCAAGCAAAAGAGAAAACCGAAAAAAUCAGGCGCCAAGCAACAGCAAUUGAUUGACCAGCCGACAAGGAAAGCGCGACAACGGGAUGCAGGCGGCAGCGUGGAAUCCUGUACGGAGCCUUCCAGCAACGUGUCCUACAAGUGGUAUUCUCAAAACAAGCACAAGGGUUACAGGGUCUCAUCACUACAUGGAGCACGGCAUGAUGGACAGAAUUCCGAGAAAGAUUAUUGCGACACCGGCUGUGCAAAUGAUUUGAAGGUGCACAGGAACGCAGGAUCAUCGGCGGCCAUUUCGAAAGAUGACAGAACACAACCGAUUCCCGUCAGGCAUUCGAAAAAACAUCCGAUUAAGGGUACGAACAAUAAGAAGAGGCCUCCUCUCGGCGUUCCUGUGAACGGAUCGUUGCACGCGCCAGAGCCCGCGCCGCCGAGAACACACGCAGCGUUUAAGCGUGGCGAGUCGUUGCCGAAGGACCCGGCGACUUCAGAGUGCAGCACGAAGAAAACCCGAGAAAGUGAGUACGACUUUGUGUCCGAUUCCGAGGAAGAGUUGUUUGCGGAAAAGAAUGCGUUGCACAGAAUAAAAACCAAGAGGACUUUGGCGCUGGGAGACAUCCACCGAUCGGCGAAAGAUGUUAAUCAAGCGAACCGAAAAUAUAGCAUUUCCAAGAAUGGCAGUGAGAGCGAGAGCAAUGUUCUCCACAGUGUGGACGAUUCAGAAAGUGACCUUCACAGUCCCAGCAAAGCACGCGAGGCAUCUAUUGAGCAGAUUGUUGCGCGUAAAUGUAUCACCGAUUCUGACGGCAAUAAUGAAAAUGGACAAGUCAGUCGGCGGUGUUAUGACAAUGAUGAAACGGGCGGUCGGAGGCAAAAGACUUUUCCUAGCUCUGUCGAAGAAGCUUCCAUUUCAACAUUAACUGCCACUGAGGGCGAUGUGAGUUUGAGAAAUCUGAGAACGUGCUUUGGAAAUGGGGCAGGCGCUCACGGAGUGCCCGCGCAAGAUAAAGGUUUUAUGCCCGGACAAGGAGCGAUGCGAAUUAAUGACGCAGAGCAUGAUGAAUCUUCAGCGGAUUGUUACGAGGCUAGUAAUGCAUGCACCGGUGAAAAGGCCAACGUCCCAGCAUCAAGCCAGAAGCGCAAUGCCAAAGAUGUUAAUUGCGAGGCAACUCAAGAUGGGUCUCAGGUUAAUUCUUGCCCUGACACCUCAAUGUGGUUAAACAAAUCGGAGAAUGACAAUCCUUCUGUUUGGGCAGUGGCCAAACUUGCUCCUACUGAUAAGACAGGAGCAAAAGUGCAGGAGAGUUUAGAGGCAUUGGGGAAGGACAAUGAUGUACCAUUCAUCCAGCUGGAGAAUUUUUUCACGGAUGGUGUUGAUCGAGAUGGCAAAUUACAAGAGCGUGACCCGGUACAUUUGGAACAUUUAGAUAGGAUCACUUCUGAGGUGAGCGUUUCCAGGUCUACCCCGUAUAUCUCUCGCUUGCCAGUUUCAUCGCAACACACGCGUGACGGUGGCACUGGCGCAGGCGACCAAAGUAAAGAGCUGAGCCGCCGGCAAUCAACAGUGAAUUUUGAUGAGCCAACCACCAAAGAGACCUCGGAAGUACAUCACGACGACAGAUGGGACUUUGACACGGAAAACAUGCUCUCGGACUUGCAGCUUCCUGAAUUCGAUUGCACGCUCUUUCCCGAGAUAGCAAAUGAAAAGUCACUCCUCUUAGCAGAAGAGCACGUAGCCGACAGGGACCUUGAUAAUCAAAGAGAAUUUGAGAACUUUGUCUCAUUUGUCACUGACAAGGCCUGCAUGAGCUUGUCCAACCAGGUAACCUUGACGGACGACCAACAAAACGAUAACGGACCGCUAGCUUUUGCCAAAUUGUGCGCUGACAGUGAAACGACCCGCCAAAGUUUUGAUGCGAGUGCGUCAGUGAGCUUGAGCGAAUCGGAUCCGCCCGCUGCGUGUUCGGAAAGCGGCAAUGGCCCUUUGUGCGAUUUCGAUAUCUCCUCGACAACAGCAGCCCCGUCGCGUGUGACGCAGAUUUCGGAGACCGGCGGCAUUAAUCUCCACUCCUCGGCAGCUCAGGUGGACGCAAACGGCGAAGCCCUUCCGCCCGGCAUGGCCGAGGUACUUAGCGUGCCACCACCCAGCACCGACGUCGCUGGAGCCGAUCCUCUAGAGAUGAGAGAAAUCAGUGCUGCGAUGCGCGACAGCUGCACGGGGGGCUUAAUGGACGCGUUUGAAAACCACUCCGAUGCGGGCAACUUCCACCCCGACGGCAACGAGCACUUUUUCGGGGGAAAUGACGCCAUGGGUUUUUCCAUCUUCGGCGAAAUCUCCUCGCUGUCCGUCGCGGCGUGCGGGGAUGGCGAUGCAGACUCUGAUGGCGCGGAAAGGUUGCACGCCGAUGCAAACCAAACCGUGUCGAGCCCCAAUCAACAUUUCCCGAAAUAUUUCCUCAACGAACUGCCGGUCAUUAUUGUGGUCGAUGAUGCGCCUGAAAAUAAUCAACGGGCGGACGGUUUCCUGCAAUUGGGUGCGUUGGAUGGGGACUUGAACGAAUGUGAACUCGCGUUGGACAAUGCGGAGGGUUCAAGCGGGCGGACGGCAGAAUCGCACGAGAUGAGCGGUGACGCCCACAAAUGCACGGGCGUUUACUUUGAUUUGCCUGUCCCCGAAGAGCAAUCACUCACUUGUGAAACACAACACCAGCAGCAGCAACAGAAGCAUCAACAAAAUGAGCUCACAAGCAACGGGGCGACGUUUGCAGUUGAAAUGGACGAAGCCUCGGCAGAAAUUCCUUGCGAUGGCGAUGAAAUGUUGAGCCCUCCACCGAUAGCGCAGGAUGUGCGCUCUGAUGUUUCGUCACAAAGCGUGCCCGUUUCGGAGGAGGGAAAACAAGUGCAUGCUUGCCAGCGGAUUACGGUGACGCAGCCGGUGCAGCAGCUUGAGGAAGGAGCGACAUCAGAGGGAGACUGCCACUCUAAAUCCCUUCACUCUGCAGGCCACUUGACCUCUGAACAGCCGGGCUUGAAUAACACCAGGAAGAGACAAGAAAAUGAAAGUGACCUUUCAGAGCUCUUCUUGGAGGCAGCUGUCGAAGCCAGCGCAGGUACGAGCGAAAGCCCGUUCGCAGGAGCGAAUACGCGCGAUGGUCGGGGUGCGGCAGAAACCUCGCCGCGCGCGUCCGAUUCGCCGGCAGACAUUCCGCGCGGCACGGACGGCGGGUCCUGGGAGUCGAGGGACGCGUUGGCAAACGCUGCCACCGAUUGUCAGCCCUGCGGCGGCGUGACGGGGGCCGGCGAACAACGAGACGCAGCGGGUGAAGUGGGUGGGGCGAAGGGACGGGCCGAAUGCUGCGCCGCGACACUUGAAGAGCUGGAAAACGCGAAAGGGUCGCCGGGAGAAAUGUAUCCAAGUGGGAAAGGUACGAGCUGCCGAGAGACAGAAAAUCAAGCGGAGCCACUCGACGCACGAGGAUCUGAUGGCCAUCUCGGAGAAUCUUCCAGCAAGCCCGCAGAGCGGUACUCAAUUGCAAGAGCUGGAAAAGAACUUUGCAGCUCAUCGGAUUCUUCCAGCAUGAAUAAAUAUUCAGAUUGCGUGUCGCCGGGUGCCCAACGCGAAUCUGAUGAGCGCGACACUUGCCAGACAUCUGGUGAAGAGCCCCAGGAAUCUCCGACUAAUGUGGCGGAUAAUGACUUCUUAAAAUGUCUGCUACCGGCAGCUUACUGCGGCACUGCGUCCGAUAGCAGGGACUGUGAAAUGCAUGGAGGGGAGUGCAAUCAAAAAGGAGGAAUAAAUAUGAAGGAGAACGCAUUUAAUGGUCGCGAUGAAGGUAACGAUUUUUCAGAGAUGAUCUUGCCAAAGUUCACGUCGUGCACAUCGAAAAGUGAGAGUGAAAAAAGCCCCAUCAAUUCUUGUAAAAUCCAAUCGGGCGAGUCUGGGACGUCUGAGCAAAUGUUUGAAAUCUACGGCAAUCCAUUUGCAUCAACGCCAUAUUCCCCAACUUCUGGGGCUGCAGAGAUAUCAGCUGAACAUCUCCAGCAGAGCGUGGGGUGUGGAGUGCAAGAGGUUUUUGGAAAAGGUAACGAUAGCAAAGCAAAUCCUGGCCCAGAUACCGAAAAUUGCUUUCAGGUCAGCACUUCAAACAUGGACCACAGAGAUGAUUUCAAAGAUAAUGAUGAUAAUGAUAAGAAGACGAUCAUUGAAACUGUGUCAAAAACAGAUCUUAUUAUCAGUCAUGAUUUUUACGGUGCGAGCUGCCAGCAUUCUCCCGGGAGUGUGGAAACAAUUACGAUUAUUCGCGACAGCAUUUUAAAUGGUGAAGCUGCGACGCCGGAUUACAGUGAUGUGGGAAAUAAAUUUGAAAAUGACAGCUCUAGUAUCGACGCUUCCAUCUCGAGAGGAGCAAACACCGGCAAAAGGGUGCAUGGUCAAAAAAAGAAAAAACUGCACACAAUUGAAUCGGGCUGCAAAUCUAAAAAUGAGUUCCUUCACCACUCUGGGAUUAAUCCUGGAAUUCGAAUCGGCCAGAGCCACAAUCGCGUAGAGUCUCACAUCUCUGAGAAUAACCCAAAACUAGACGGACUUGAUAAGAGUAGACUAGAUGGCGUAAAAAGCAAUUCCGGUUGCAUUCUGUCGAUCGUGGCAAAAUCCACCGGCGUCUGUUUUAUCGUGGAAGAUAAAGGCGCGGCAGAAAGGAGCAGCUGUAAAGAUUACGAUCAAAGUAUACAGCAGGGUCUGCUUCUUACAGAGGAUGAGCAUUGUCUCGAGUCACAAAAUGAGGCCCGUGAGUUGAAAGACCACACAGGUGAUGCAAGCGCUGGCCUUCCUGCAAGGGAUGACAGAGCUGUUAAUUCGGCAGCAGCUGCUGCUUCUGCAGCGAGCGACGGUAAUGAAAGCACCUGUGUCCUGACGAUGCCGCGGAUAGACGCUGCAGCGGGGGCAACUCGGCGGGAAAACAUUCAACAGUUUGAUGAGUGUAAAAUAUCUCGGAGGAAGCCACGGGGCUUAUCUGAUGAUGAAAGUAAUACUCUCCUGUGGCAGUCGAACAAAAAACGGUCAGCAGGCGAUGCAGCCGGCAUCAAAGACGGCAGCGAAAACACGGAGACCGAGCGAGCGGAGGAGUUGGUCAAAGGCAGGGGCGGCAUCCAGAUGAACACCGAGGAGGCGACGAGCCACCCCGAGCACGGAGCGGCGACUUACGCGAAAGACGCCGCCCCGGACGAGAGGGAUUCGUCGGGCGGCAGUGGGGGGGCGCCUUCAAGUGCCAGCGAUGCCAAUCGCCGCUCGUCAGGCACGUCAGAGGCCGCGGACGCCGCGGCGACAAGGGCCGAAAAGGGAACGGGUCGCGUGGCCACGUCCCCCGCCGGCUGGGCGCCUUCAGAAAAUAGAACCGCGGCCGGGCAACAUGUGGCGCGCUCCGCUCACGCGGGGAAGCUGCCGCCCGCCGCACCUGCCCUUUCCUGCGAGUUCUGCGAGGCUACUUUCGCCACCGCCAUCAGCCGGAGCAGACACACCGUGAUAAAACAUCACAUCAGACGCGUUCCUCGCCCCGCCGCGGGCGAUAAGGCGGAGGCUGGAAUUGAUUCGGGCGUCAGAAUGGAAAGUUUGCCUUUAGAAAAUCCCACAGUGUUAAUUAAUCACUCGGAAAAUCCUUCCGUAUUAAUUAAGCAGAGCACAGAAAGAAACGAUGAGGGGGCUCGGGAAGAUGAAAUGAAGGGUGCGAUAACAUCAGCUAUUUCUAUGCUUCUUUGUCGCCGUCCUGGAUCAGCUACAGUGAAGCAGCAGAGCAUUUCAGAGGUCGAUUCAGACGGUGAAGAGAACUCAUUGUCCGGUUAUGCGCCGAUCGGAAGAUCCGUGUCUGUUCGGGAAGCUGAACGCCGUGACACGAAUUUAAGCCGCGUUAACCAUUCCUCAGAUUUCGCCGAAAAGCCGAGCAGAAAAAUCUCCCCGAAAGACACGAAAUUAAGGGCAGCAAAACACUUCGAUGGAUUUUCCAAACAAAGGAGAAGUGAAAAAGUGAACAAGCUCAAAAAGAGGCACGCCUUCAAGAGGAGGAUUUCCAAAUGUGCCCCCAAACGGGAAGGAAGCAAAACGUUCACACGUGAAUCUGAACGUGAACAAUCUGCUGCCAAAAAAAUGAGCGGAUCUUCGAAUACGCCUUUGAGUAAAAAUUCAAGGGAAUUCAGGAGCACAGCAUCGGCUGUUGUCAAAUCCACGGCCAGUGUUUAUCAGAGCCCUUCAAUAACCAGCAAACUGCACUGUGAGAGGGUGGCCACACACUCUGAGAGACAGAGUAUUGGCGACGUUGCCUCGGUUGGCACAGAGAGUCCCCUCUCUUAUUCAGGAGUAUGCAAGCAGACAAGCCAGCCUGAAGUUGAUGGUCACUGUUCUGAACACGCAAUUAAAUUGGCAGAUUUUGAAGAGGCGCGCGGGAUUGGUGGUGCAGCUGUCGCUGAUUGUGCCAACGCAUCAGAGGUUUUGUCAGGUUCGGAGAAGGCUGCAAAAAAAACGGAACAUCCGUGCGAUGGCAAGGCCAGCGCAGACGCCUGCGUGGCGCUCCAGAAAGAAGGAGGAGGAGAAGCGGCGACGACGACGACGAACGUUGAGAACGCGCGCGUGUCGGACGCGAAGUGCAGCGACGCGCUGCCGGGCGUUGUGGUGCAGCGGCGGUGCUCGUCUGACCCAGACCACGACGCGACCCAGGGCGCAGACGUUGACGCUCGCGCCGCUCGCAGCGCGGCCCCCACGGAGAUCGUCGACGGCGAGGAAACGGGCAAAGCGGUGCCUGCGCAUGACCACGGGGGAGCGGCUGCGGGUUCGGAAAGCGGCCAGGGCCCCGCAAUCGAGACGAGCGACGGUGACGUUCCGCUUCGGGAAGAGGGCGCCGUCACCAAAGACGCGGCGGGUGUGAACGCGACGGCGGAUGCGAGCGCGCUACAAACCGGACGCUGCAGCCCGAGGGCAGGCGACAUGCCCGCGGGCGAAAGUGAAAUUCAAGAUGUCGACAAACGCGACGACGAUGCUUCCGUCUGCGAAACGGAGGGCGGUGGCGACGAGUCCAAAACGCCACCGGGGGAUGGCGCAAAGUGGCAGGGAAAGCCGCACGCGUGCAAAGCGUGCGGCCUGGAUUUCGGCACCGACGGCGAGCUGAGUGAGCACGCGGGCAGCCACACCCUGCUGCUGCCCGUGCCCACGUGCUACAUGUGCGUGCAGAGGAAGUUCAGCUCGCUGGAGCAGCUCAAGGAGCACCUGUGGUCCAAGCACACGAAGAACAAGCCGGCCAGUUGGACGUGCGGGAUGUGCCUGAGGGCCUUCACCGACGUGUGGCUUUACAACGAGCACCUGCGCGAGCACGCCGCGCAGUUCUCAGAACACACCGGCCACGCGCAGCGGAGGUCCUCACUCGCCGCACGCUCCGAGAGGCCCAGGGAAAACGCCCGCGUCUCCGCAAAGAAGCACAAGCCGGCACGGGCGAAAUCUCGACCGACGGACGCCGAGAACUUGAAACCGUCCACCAAGGCCGAGGAGGAGCGCAGGCGCGCCAAACGCAGGAAAGCGCCCACCGCCGCAGCUGCUGCUGAAAGGGAAAGCGAUAAAAGUGAAUACAAACAGAAUGAAUUUUUCGCCUCCGACUUGUCGAUGUUUGAUUUCCCCGUCGAUGACGAGCAGUCGGCAAGAACGCACCCGGAGUGCAAUGACCCCUCGAGGGAUUGCCAUCACUGCGGAAAGCAAUUUCCCAAGCCCUUUAAGCUGCAGAGGCAUUUGGUUGUGCACAGUGUGCAAAAGAUGUACCUCUGCCACUGUUGUCCGUACGCAUUUAAUGAUCCAUCUCAGCUGAAGUCCCACCUGGCGGCGGUGCACGGCCUGACGGAGGAGCUGGACGCCAAGCACGUGACGAUUUACGACUGCGAGCAGUGCGCCAACGUCAUGAACAUCAUCAAGAAGUCGUUUGUGUGCAACACGUGCAAUUACGUCUUCUGCAAAAAGGAGCAGUACGACCGGCACGUCGACAAGCACCUGAAGGGGGACUCCAACUCGGUGAAGUACCAGGGGGCAAAGAGACCGCUGCUGCUCUCCGGGGAAGAGCUGCCGAGAAAGAGGUGCUCCCCCGUCCCGCAUCACACCAGCGCCAGGAAGGGCGGCAGGGAUAAGAGAAAGCGCAAGGGAAGCUCCGAGCGCGAAGUGCCCGCUCAUAACAAGAAGCACAAAUGCGCCGCGCAGCAGGGCGAAGGGGACAGAGCGGAGCGGUGCGCCGCCGCCGCGGCGAAAUGCGCCGGCGGCAGCGGCGAAGCCGCCGUGGCACGAGGCGAUAAAGUGCAAGUGAAAGCGGCGUCCGCAGACGAGCCGAUUCGAGCCAAAACAUCUUGCGCCAAGGCGAGUGCCGAUGUGGGUUCGCCAGCUAGCGAGGGCCCUAAAGAUGACACCAUUUGCCAAGAUCCUCCGUCUUUUCACAAUCAAGAGGAAUCCAAAAAGUCGACGGGCAAAUCUGCGGAGCACCCAGCCGAUGUUUUAGAGAAGGCAGACUCCAGUCAGGAGGCCACGAAUGGGAAACGAGCGGACAAUCUUCAAGUUGUUGAAAAGCAGAGCAAAUGCAUCUCCAACUCACCUGCUGCUGAAAAGGGGAGCCAUGAGGUCAGUCACCAAGGGAAAGUUGCGCCCGAAGGUUUGCUCGCCUUAACGCAAACGAGCAAAGGUGUUGAACGGCACACACUCACCAACGGGUUUAAAGUUGUAAAACGACAAGGUUCUGCCGGCCACAAACCUCAGACAAGUGCCAAUCAUUUGAGGCUCGCAAAGUCUAAGACCGUCAAGAAAUUACCACCGCUGCCUCAAAUGAGGCACAAUUUGUCGAAGACUUGGAUCCCAGUUAAAAACAAAUCGCACGCUCCAUGCACGGCCAAACAGCAGCGUCAGACAGCUGAAGCCCAGGACAGCAUUUUAAGCCAGCUAUUUGGUCGGAAGCUGACCAACUUUAAGAUCCCUUUCAAGAAAGAGCCUGUGGAAUAAUUUUACACUUGACAUGGCAUGCAUUCAGAUUUAACGGAGAAAGUGUCCAAGUGAGAUUCCUUGUGUCUUGAAAGUGUAUGUAUGUUUGAUGCAAGAUAAUGAGAGAGCGUGGUUCCGCAACAAAGCGAUGCAUCGUUGAACAUGUAUUAUGAUGGUAAAAAGGGUUUUGCACAAUGAUUUUUGGCAAUUCUUCACACGUAAAAAACAGACCCUGUCUUUAGCCUUAUAGAAUGCAGGGGCAAGUCAGUUUCGUACCUAUUAAGCCUAGAGUGGCACAUGAGGGAGUGGUAUAGGAAGCACCAGGCCUGGCUGCCUUUAUCAGGUAUUUACAUACCACCACCAAGUACUCCCUAUGUCUGAGAAGUACUGGUUCAGAUACCACUUUCCACUGAUGCUGUACAUGGCCAUAAAUUGAAUUAAUGUCACUGGGAUCAUAGGAAAAUGUUCUAACCACUAUUGCACCACUGCCCAGAGCAUGGGAAAAUCAGUGAUUUCCAGUUCAAAUUAUCACUGAGUUUGUGCUCAUUUUCAGUUUACAGCCCUGAGCCAGUGGUGGAAAUCCCACGUUCCUAUGACGGGGGCGAGUAUAUUCAUACAUAGGACAGCCACUUUUGACUUCUCUGUAAAUUGGUACUGAAUGUAUCGACCCCAGAGGGAUAAUGGACUGAGUUAACCCCAAACCAGGAUGUUAACUAAUGCGACCUUCCAUUUGUGUGCCACUCAUUCUACCACUCAAGUCACCGAGACAGACCCGGCUUACAUCCCCAGUACAUGCAUACAGCACCAUAGCCACAUUGUUUCACGAAGGGCAUAACGCCUGUCAUUUACGCGGAGUUGUAGUUUUUUAAUCGGCACGUAAAUAUAAUUGGUGCUUUCUUGUGGGUGUGAUUGAUAAUUGUUAGCGUUUUGCCUGGUGUUAACGUGCACGGCCACUUAUAGGCAAACUGCCCUCAAAACUUAAAAAAAAUUGUUACCCGCUCCUGCGCCCUUGGGGAAUAUUGUGGGGGUUUUUUUUUACAGAAAGUAUUGUUGGCCCGGCACAUGGCGCUAAGCGCACACAAGUAAUCGUCUAGCCUGUGCUAUAUAUGUUUUUCGUGGGCUGAUGACUUAUUCAUGCGUCCUCAUUUGCGGACCUAAAAGCGAACAUAAUCGCACACCAGUUGUAUUAUAGUUUUUUUUUACAUUGCCUCUGCAUGGUUUACAUUGUACGGUAUCAAAGCCAGACUUGCUGUUUAUUGUUAUUUUUUUACUUUGCAUACGUGUGCAUUUUCAACGCUGACUACGGAUUGCACCAUGAAGGCAUUCACUCAACUACUAUGUGAUUGAGUCUCGGUACGCAUGAUCGUGAAUGUGAAUCAUAAAAGUACUUGUGAGUGUCUUGAAUCGUGUGUGUGUGUAUAUAUACACGGUAUAUUCAAUGUGUCCAUAUAUAGCGCCUACUAUACUUUGUACUUAUGUGUGUAUAAGAAUAUAAGUAUCAUAUAUGUGCAUGUAUAUAUGCAGUAUGUAUAUAUAAUCAUUUUGCAUAUCAUGUAGAAAUGCAUUGUAUGUGUGUGCCUGCUUCAUACUUUUUUUAUUACGGCAAAAGCUGUUGCAAAAUUGUGAAACGAUAUUUCGAGAGAUGUGCAUAACCCAAUUAAGGUCAAAACAUAUGAAGUUCAAAGUAUUACAGCAUGUAGAGUUGUCGACAGGUGGACUUUUUAUUGCAAAAAAAAAUGGUAUAUGUUAGAGUUUAAUAUAUUCCACGAAAUUGUACUCGUGUUGUUUCAGUGGUAACGUCAAUAUAAUUUCCGUGCAAAAACUCUAAAUUACAUUUUAUCAGUUGAUGUGCCUAGAUCAAUGCCGAUUGAUCACGCGCGCGUAUGUCUCAUCACAAUAUUGGUUGCAUAGAUAUUCGCUGUGACAUUGUGCAUAGAGAGUAAAGAUUUUAAAACGUAUUCCUCCAGAGGAGGAAAAGAUACGUGUUGGCGUUCGUUACGUUUAAACUGCAAAGUGAAUUCAUUCCUCGUUACACAUUAAGGCAACUAUUUUGGGUGGGUUUUUUUUUCAGCAUUGGGCCAAUGUGCGGUACAGUAUGUCUUUGCGCGUAUGAACAUCAACGAGCUUUAUCGCAGAAGUUGUUGAAUAACAACAGCGAUCUUGGCUCAUGUAGAACUCAUUUAACGUGUUGGUCUUCUGUGUUUAAGCACUGACGAUGGUGUGCUGCAUGGUGAUUAUUAUUAACAGACGUGUGUCAUGCUCGUACUAUAUUUCUGUUUUAACAUUUAAAAAAAAAAGAACUUGGCGAACUUGAAGUGCGUUCCACGAUUAUUAUGUUUAAAGUAAAAACAAAAUCAGACGUUUACAAUUCAUUAUGCCAAGGGAAAAGUGCCGUGUUUGUUGUAUUUUGGUGCUGAUUUUUAAAACAUGUACAUGCGUAUACAUACAAAAAAAA